UUUCUCCUCUGCUUUUCUGGCUUCUCCUCCUCCCCACUCCAUUCACUCAUUGUCACCAGGGCAAAGAGCACCAGCCAGAGCGUCAGGUGACCAAGGCUGUCCCUUUCUCCCUCUGGGCCUCAGUUUCUUUUUCUGUAAAAUGAGGGUUUACGCUAGAGGGCCUCUCAGGUCUGCCAGCUCUAGCCUUCUCCGCUUUUAUUCCCUUGUCUGUCGUCUUUCCCCUUCCUCGCCCAUUAUCCCCAGGUCAUCCCAGUUCCCUCCCUCUUCCUCUCCCCCUCCCAUUUUCCUCCUUCCUUUUCCUCUCCAAACAAAUCCCCGGUGGGCAGCCGUUCUGACUGGGGCAGCGCUUCUCUGCCACCUUGAGCCCAGUGUGCGCCGAGCCUGGGGACCUGCUGAGCCUGGAGCCUUCGGGUUGGAGGAGAGGACCCAGGGACCGAGCAAUCAGCGCCUCCUGACCUGGAGGAAGGGACCCGGAGCCAGGGACAGGCCGGCGCCCUGAGGCCCACGACCCUGACUUGGGGUGCCAGAGGUCAGCCUUAGGAAGCCCACACUCCAAGAGAGGCCACCAGAGUUCCCACUUCCAGCCGCAAGCCGCGCCCAGGUUCAGUCUCGGGCCCUGCAGGAGACGAGGUCCAAGAACGUCCUGCCGAAUCCUCUUUAGCACUUGCCGGAGGUGCAGCCGACUCGCAGCUGGCCGACCGCCGAGCGCGUCCAUCCUCCCGGUCGUCCUCCGGUUAGUCCGGCCCCAGUCGGGCCAUCGUUGGGCAACACGCAAUGAGCAGCUCGUGUAGCAGCUACCUGAAUGCCGCCAAGGAGCUAGUGAGCGGCUUCAGCUGCCCGGGACCAGGUGGCGAGGCGGCCAACGUCUACUGCUGCGGUUUUCAGGACCACCGAUACUGCUGCGACGACCCCCACAGCUUCUUCCCCUACGAGCACCGCUAUAUGUGGUGGCUCAGCAUCGGUGCCCUGGUGGGCCUGUCCAUAGCCGCUGUGGUCCUCCUGGCUUUUGUCGUCACUGUCUGCGUGCUUUGUUAUCUCUUCAUCCACUCCAAGCCUCCUGCCAAGCUGGAUGCAGGCUUGAGCUUACAGGCGGCGGCAGCAGCAGAUCCAGACCUCCCAUCCUUGGAAGAGUCCAACCGAAGUGGUGUGGUAGCUGUGGGACCCAACGGCCUCCGAAGGCAUUUCUUGAACCCCCGUCUAGAUUGUGACCCACAAGCCCCAGACUCUGACCGGCUUUUUCAGAGGUGCUUCAUGGCCACAGUGACCACUACGGAUAUCCAGAGCCUCCCCUGAGACCUGCUCAGAGGGUACCAUGUCCCCUCUCCUCACUGCCCCUCCCAAUAGCCUCAGCACUGCCAACACGGCCCGCCACUGGGCCAAGGCCUCUGCUGGCCAGGAAUAUUCACCCCACUUGUGACACUGUGGUUCCAAUAAAUUUUCCUAUUGUUUCCUCA